AUGUCUAGUCCCGCGCCUCCAGGUGGUCAAAGAACCCUACAGAAGAGAAGACAAGCGCAGUCCGUCAAGGACAAGCAGCAAAAACAGACGCCCGCUUCUAGCAGACAAGCUGGAUUUGGUGGGUCCUCUAGCAGCGUUCUUAAGCUGUACACUGACGAAGCUAACGGGCUAAGAGUUGAUCCGCUGGUCGUGCUUUUCUUGGCCGUGGGCUUCAUUUUCUCCGUCGUUGCGCUCCAUGUCGUCGCUAAAGUGACGGGCAAGCUCUUCUAG